GACAACUCAGUCCCAGUAUAAAACCUUCUUGUGGCGCCCCAUCCCACACCUUUGAGACUCUGAGGGCUCUCCUUCAACCAUGAAGGCUUUUCUGGUUGCCCUGCUGGCGGCUGCCCUGUGUGCCCAGCCAGCUUCCUCCCUGUUUUGCUACACAUGUGACAACGAACAUUCCAACUGGAACUGCCUUAAAACCUACAAGUGUGAAGACCAGGAGAAGUACUGCAUUACCACGUACAGCUCUGCUGGGCUUGGCAAGGACGCAGGGCACCGGAUCACCAAGAAGUGCUCCGUGGACUGUCCCGAGACCAACGUGAACUUCGGGGUGGCAGCUUUUUCCACCAAGUGCUGCAGCACCUCCCUGUGCAACUUCAGCGGCGCCAACAGCGUCCGAACCUCCUACGCCGUGAUGCUCCUGGGAAUCGCUGCCAGUCUGGGCUGGGUCAUCAGGGCAGGAUUGUGAGGAGGGGUGGGACGAGAUGGGACAACCCGAGAACCCACAAGGUAUUCCCCAAGCGAGAAACCAAGCUCCUCUGUCAAGUGGUUCCAACAGGGUCUGUGCUGCCCUCUUCUUAUCCCAGACAGAUCCCAUUCCCGACACGACGUGGCAGCGCAGCUCCUGGUUUCCCCCUCCCUGUUUUAUACUAAUUUUCCCUGGAAAAGCUCUUUUGAUAGCACAGCAUGU